GAUUCAAGUUUAUCUACCAUUGUCCCAAACAACCACUGUGCCAGAAAUUGAACCAACCCCUGUGCUAGAAAUUGAACCAACCCCUGCAAAGUCUCCAAGUGAAAAAAUUAAUGAAGAAACUACAAAAAGCACUCCAGAACCACCGCCAAAAACUGAAGAAAGCACACCCACGCUUCCACCAGCUCCAUCUAAAGUCCCCAGAAGAUGCUGUUGCACUGAUGAUGAUGGCACGAACAGCAUCGUACAUUCCUAAAGAAGGUCCGAUGCCAUCAUUCAGCCUCGGCUUGACUGAUUCAAGCCAAGAAGAAGCAGCAACGCAAGAGGGUGCAGCAACGCAAGAGGGGCAGAGGGCAAAAACUCCUGAAACGCCAAAACUAAUAGAACAGUUAGGGGAGCUGGUGGAAAAAAUUGCAGGCAGUGGGGUGAAAACAGAAGGUAAAACUCCACCUAUUCAUAAGCAAAGUGGUGAAGAAAGUUUUGAAAAGUUUGAAACUCCUGCGAGGACAAAUGAAAUGAGUGCUGAAAUGAAAGAGAAAUGCUACAUCUGGGCCACACGUGUGAAAACAUACGCAGAUGGACGUACUAAUGAGUAUGACGCUGUGUGCACACUCAAUGCCCAAGAUCAAUACAUUUUGUUAAAAAUCCACUUCGCAUCUCUCAAAGCUGAUACACAUAUAGAAGCUGAGGUAAUAUUAGAAUAACAUUAAUGAUUUUAU